UGCCCCGUGGCGUUUAGUUCCCACAUUUGUUUUGUUGGGAAUAACUUCUACGAUUAAUAUAAAUGCGUUGCUAAAAUAAAAGUAAGCGUAAAAAAGCUCCCAAGAUGCAGCAUUCCUUUUGCGUGGGAUCCAAGUCGAGAUGAACAAGAAGGAGUGUCACCUGAAUAUUUGCACAUUUCUGAGGAAUUUGAACAGCCUGAAUACUGAGAUGUACUCAGAAUGCAGCACGGCUGCAGGAGAUGUGUGACUUUACUGCAUUCUGCUCUUUUAUAUGGAAGUUGUACAACAGAGAAUGAAGACCAUAUAAAUAUAUUAUGGAUUAAUUUACUCUGUCCCUACAGCCAAGUUAUGCCAGAGAAGAAAUGAAGAGGCGUGGUUGAUCAACCGUAUCCUGUCUCUCAGCUAUGCCCAGGCGAGGACUGCUACUGCAGGGCCGGGUGCGCUGGCUUCUCCUGGGUGUGUUCUUGUUGUGCGUGUUGCUGUUCUUUGCCUACCUGCUGGAGUGCACUCCCCCUGCAGAGGUAAGCCAUGUGUUGCCUGCCCUUGGGGGGGAGGCUUAUAGCAAGGAAUAUUAUCAGGCCCUGCUGCAGGAACAAGAGGAGCGACACCUCAGUCGAGCAGCCAACCUCAAGAGGCAGAUCGCGCAACUCAAGCAGGAGCUACAGGAGAUGAAUGACAAACUGAAGACCCUGCAGGAAAGGAAAGAGGGCCCUGGGCCACAGGGCCUGGUGGAUGGCAAAGAUCAGGAGCCUGGCGACCUUCUGGAUUUCUUGCACUCCCAAAUAGACAAGGCAGAAGUGAGUAAUGGGGCAAGGCUACCCAGUGAGUAUGCUUUAGUGCCCUUUGAAAGCUUCACCUCAACAAAGGUGUACCAGCUGGAGAUGGGCCUAACACGGCAUCCUGAGGAAAAGCCAGUACGCAAGGACCGGCGAGAUGAGCUGGUGGAGGUAAUAGAAGCAGGCCUGGAUGUCCUAAACAACCCUGAUGAAGAGGAUGGCCAGGAGGGGGACAUCCCCAUGCAGAGGCAGAGCUUCACAGAAAGCCAUUUUGUUGAGGGCCUUUACAGGACCGAACGGGACAAAGGAACUAUGUAUGAGCUGUAUUUUUCCAAGGAGAAUUACCAUGAGUUUCACCAUGUCACCCUGUUCCGUCCUUUUGGUCCCCUGAUGAAAGUCAGGAGCACAUCUGUGGACACAGCCAACACAAUCAUCAACAUUAUAGUGCCUCUGUCAGGCCGAACUGAAGCAUUUGUUCAAUUCCUACACAACUUCAGGGAGGUGUGUAUACAUCAGGACAAGCGAGUGCAUCUCACAGUGGUCUACUUUGGGGAAGACAGCUUGCAGGAAGUGAAGUCAUCCUUACAAAAAAUGUCUAGUGAGGAGAACUUCACCAACUACACUCUUGUUCCCGUGGAUGAAGAGUUUUCCCGUGGCAGAGGGCUGGACAUCGGUGCUCAUGCAUGGAAAAAAGGCAGUGAUGUGUUGAUGUUCUUCUGUGAUGUUGAUAUUUAUUUCACUCUCGAAUUCCUCAGUACGUGUCGUCUCAAUACAACCCCAGGCAAACGAGUCUUCUACCCAGUAGUGUUUAGUUUGUACAAUCCUGCCAUAGUAUAUGGAAAUCUUGAGCUGGUUCCACCUAUUGAACAUCAGCUGAUUCACAAAAAAGAUGCUGGAUUCUGGAGGGACUUUGGAUUUGGCAUGACUUGUCAGUAUCGCUCUGACUUCCUCAACAUUGGUGGAUUUGACCUAGAAGUAAAAGGUUGGGGAGUGGAAGAUGUCCACUUGUAUAGGAAAUAUCUACGGAGUGAGUUGAUAGUAAUGCGCACUCCUGUCUCGGGUCUUUUUCACCUGUGGCAUGAGAAGCUGUGUGUGGACGAACUGACUCCAGAACAGUACCGCAUGUGCAUCCAGUCCAAGGCCAUGAAUGAGGCCUCUCACUCCCAUUUGGGAAUGUUGGUGUUCCGCGAGGAGAUUGAAAACCAUCUCCGCAAGCAGGCCUACAAGACCCAGAGCAAGACAGAGGACUGAUACGGUCAUUGAACCUGCUGAGAUCAAGCACACUGUUGAUGCAUUCCUGUUGUGCAGAAGUUAGCCAGUUGAGAUUCAUCUAGAUCUUGUUAGAUCAACACUCUUUAUGAAGUAAUGCAAUCUAUGAUAAUUCAUGGAUUUAAAGUAAAAAAAAAAAAUCCACUAAAAGAUUAAAUGUGGGUGGGUAAUACUAAGUUAAGUGCUCUGUGUGAGCUUUUGAAAGCAGUGGCCUAAAACCUGUGAUUUCUAUUCUGAAAUCUCCAACAGGUUUACUCUUUUAUGUUAAUGUGAAUGUCAAUAUAUGUAAAAUGACCAUUUCAGUUGGUACUUUUAUGCAAACAAACUAUACAUGGCCUGAACUUGGCAUCUUGCCAGGACUUAAACCAAUUCCAUGAACAUUUGUAAAUGUAGUGUUUAUUAUUGAGCCUUAUUGUUACAUUUUUCUAUGAUUUGUAGUUUAAACACUUGCGCUGUAAUAAAAGGUGUAGUUUGUAAAUGUUGAAGCAGCUGAAAGACAAUCAGUUCUGUGUGGUUAUGAACAAAAUGAGUGAUAUGGUAUUUCUUUAACACCCCUAAAAACCCUUCAUGUCCUAUAUUGUUUGAGAGCAUGACUACUAUUCAACAAGUUUCAAAUUCAGCUUUUGCAUUAGGCUUAGUUCUACCAACUGUAAUCAAAUACUGAUUUCUGCAACUAAAUUCAUCAAAAUUGUUUUGUAAGAAUUUAAAGUGGUAAUUGUUGCAGUAAUAUUCAUGUUUCUACAAAGGAUAUGAACAUUUCAUAAAUUAUAAAAGCUUUAACCAAAAUGUGGUUUGACAGAUCAGCAUGAUUGACAAAUGUAUGAUAAAUUUCUCACUUAAAUAAAGUGACUGGCAGCUUUUCAUUCAUA